UCAGGGGCGGGUCGGAGAGUCAAAGGAGCAGCUGAUUCUCACAGAASAGCCAUACUGAGAAGAUGAAGUACUACAAGUCCUCGGUGUCCCAGUCCAUCAGCAUCCAGGCUUACAGCCAGGACUGCCAGGUUCCCCUCACCUGCAGGAGGGCCGCCUCACUGAAGCCGGUCCGGAGCGUCCACUUCCCCAACGACAUCGUUUUCCAGGACUACGUGAAACACGGCGAGCUGGAGAGGAUCGGACGCUUCAUGCGGACCAGGAGGGUGGAGCUGGACACCAUCUACACCUCGGGCAUGGCAGCCAUCCACGAGGCCGUCCUGUCUGGGAACCUGGACUGUGUGAAGCUGCUGGUGCACUACGGCGCCGACAUCCACCAGAGAGACGAGGAGGGCUGGACCCCGCUGCACAUGGCCUGCAGCGACAGGUUCCCCCACAUCGCACGGUACCUCCUGUCACUCGGAGCCGACCCGGAGCUGGAAAACGACUGCGGCGAGAAGCCGGCCGACCUCAUCGAGCCAGACAACAAGGAGCUGCUGGAGCUCUUCGGACUGGAGGCCAACGACUGAGCCCAGCUGGGUCUCUGGAGCUUCACACUCGUCUUAAAGCUGCUGCAGCCCACCGGAGCCAGCCCUCUGCAGCGGGGAGACCACAUCAGUCUGGGCUCCUGGGUUUAGGAGCCAGCUCUGGAGGGGAGGGGGGUCAGAGCCCCUCUUGUUGGAGGGUCAGAGCCCCUCUUGUUGGAAGAUAGUCAGGAUUCUCCAGCAGCAUGACUCUGCUGAAUCCUGUCAGGUGGUUUGAUUUAUAGAAA